AUGGAUUUAAAAAAAAUGUCUGAUGCCGAUAAGGUGACUCUUUGUAAGCGUUACUUCUAUAUUGGUUUUGCUUUACUCCCCCUCGUUUGGAUUGUCAAUGCCGUAUGGUUCUUCAAAUGUGCAUUUUAUGAAAAGCCAUCACUCACUCAAAAAGUUAUUAGACAAUAUGUGAUAUAUUCAAUGGUCGGUGCAUCGUUGUGGAUAAUAGUGCUAACUGUUUGGGAAAUAUUCUUUCAGUUCGAACGGGCCAAAGGACUUGAAUGGACUGAUCGAAUAUCGUUCGUAUUUCCAGUUGGAUAUAUUUGA